UCUCGAGUGUUGUCUACGAACUAACAGCAAAAAUGUCUAAAUGUCUAAAAGAGUACGAAAUCGAUGUCGUAAGUAACGAGGAGGAUUUCGAUGAGGACAACACCGAUGAUGACGAGGACAACACCGAUGAUGACGAGGACCACACCGAUGAUAACGAUGAGAAUAACGACGAAAAUAACGAGGGAAAUAACGACGAAAAUGACGAUGAAAAUAACGACGAGGAUAACAAUGAAAAUAUCGAUGAAGAUAUCGACGAUGGGGAUGAAGACAUCGAUGGAGACGAUUUUCAGACAUAUUCUAAUAACGCUCAGAAUUUCAAGGCAAAGAAAAGAGCACAUCACAAUGCGUUAGAACGGAAACGUCGAGAUAACAUCAAAACCUGUUUCCUGAAUCUCAGGGGCACAUUGCCCGCAUUGCGAAAGAAAAGAGGUGUGAGUAGGUCGCAAACUUUGGACGCGGCAAUCACGUUUGGACAGACCAUGCCUGGAAUUGUACAACGGGAUAUGCAACGCCUCGGGAAUAAGAAGGUGGAAUGUCUUUCCAUAAUAGCUAAACUUCGUAUGUUGAGAGAAGCAAUGAGAAGAGGUGACUUCUUCAAUGAGGAGUUGCUAAAUAUGGAUAGCCCAUUCAUAGAAGAGGAGAUAGAUUUGGAUGAAUCUGACCCGGAAUCGAGUCUCUCGGACCUCACCGAUAAGGAAAUGGAGAUUCAAGAUAUAAAAUACUAGAUAAAUAUUGGCGACUAAUAUUGUAGAAGUAUAUUUCAUGUUAUCGUCUUCCAUUUUUGUAAAAUAAUUUUAUGUAUAGUAGAAUCUCCAUAGAUAAUUUCCAUUAAAAAGCAAACAUUAUGGAAUACUAUUUUGUAGUAUGAAAGAAUCAAUUUUGAUGUAUUUUUUUAAUUAAGGCAAAAUGAUAUUGCUCUUUGACUCCCCAUCCUUGGUCUAAAAAGUGAAAUGGAGUAAUUACGAUAUGCAGAGUGUCCCAAAAUAAGCGCAUGUUGAUCAAGUACGUUGGAGGAUUGAACAAUCGGAUGUUAUUUAUAGUUGCAUAAUAAUUAAAACUAUUUACAAAAAGA